AUGCAUCCGCAGGAAGUGAACAAUAAACAAACGAAUGGCUACAGUGAUUCAGAGUCGACGAAGAUUGCUUUGAUACUUCCAGCCUUUGAAUUAAGAAGUGAGAGUAUCACAAAGUCGGAUUGUGGAAGUGACACUCGAGGGUGCCAGAAUCGGCACCACAUUGAAGGAGCCCAGACUCCAUCUAUUCCUUCGAAAUCACUUGAAAAUCACAAACAAGAUGAUGUACACAGACAGGCUAGACAAGAAAGGAUUUCCAAUCCUAGACCUGAAGCUUAUCUUCGAAACUUGCAAAAUUCUAUUGAAUCUGGUGACAGAACAGUUGAUAAAAGUAUUGAGGCUGUCGAAGAGUAUAAUCAAAUAGAGUCGGAAAAAAGUGAAACGUCCAUAAAAGUCAGCACUCAAAGCUUUGCAAGGGCACUUCGAGAAACAGAGGGUGAAGGGACGCAUAAUUUGUCAUUUCUGGCCAGUAAAUCGGAUUUAUUGGAGGCAAUCUCUUCGGGAAAAGUUGAGCAAUUUCUCCUGAGGAGGUGGCCAAUGGGACAUGCUCCGACCAACUAUUCCCGAUGGAUGGGCUCACAACAAGCGUAUGAAGUGAGUCACUGUUCUGUGGCGCUUGCAUUUUAA